CAUGGCGGCGAUGUGACAGAUCCAAACUGUCAUCUCGUUGGAAUAAAAGUCUAUUAUUUUGACAUGGUUGAAAAUCUCAAGGCUGGUACUGUGGUGAAAAGUUUGGAGUGUGGAGGUGUUACCAGCUACAUGUAGAGAGUGCAGUUGGCCCGCAGCAGAUGAUGGUUGAUGUCUACUACAGAAUACUCUGGACACCUGAACAUGGAUGGCCCUAGUACCGCUGUGUGUUUUGGCAGUGUGGGGAAGACAUUACCCGAGGUGGGCAGUGCUGACAAGCUGAGCACCCCUGGUGACUGCCCCAGUACCCCUCCUUGCAGCAGUCUUCCACCAGCCUGCUACAUGGAGGAGGAGAAACCCAUCAUUCCUGGGGUGACCGUCAGAGCUGCACCAGCAGAAAAACUUGUCCAACUGGCUGUUGAAUCUUUCAGUGAGGAUGGGGUAAUCAAGGACCAUUGUGAGUAUCCACGGGUGUUUUUUCUGAUGCACAAAUGGUUCCUCUCAUCAAAUGACCUAGCUGAAGCAUUUGUUGACUUAUACCAGAGCUGUGAUGAGACCAUUGCCUGUACCAAGCCCACCUGUUUACAUGCUGCUUGUAACACUGACUGCGAGAUCUUCCGCUACAAAGCCAAGAUUUGCCAUGCUGUGCGGUAUUGGAUAAAGAAUUUUCCAGUGCACUUUGACCUUGAUACUAAAUUGCGAGAGGUUGUUCAGAAUUUCCGCUCUGUGCUCAAAUCUGAAGACAGCAGGCAGUUUGAGAUGGUUGAUCUAUCCAAAGUCCCAUCCUAUGAAUGGAUCCGAAACAUGUCCGUACGGAACACAUCUGUCCGUCAACAUCGGAAAGUGUCCCUUGUUUUCAACCAUCUGGAGUCUGAUGAACUUGCUGAACAACUCACCUUCUUAGAAUAUAAAGCUUUCCGCAGGAUCACAUUCAGUGAUUUCAAACACUAUGCAAUUCACGCCUCUCUGAAGGAGAACCCCAAACUGGAGCGUUCCAUUGCGCUGUUUAACGGACUUUCCCAGUGGAUACAGUGUAUGGUGCUCAGUAAGACAACCCCUCAGCAGAGGGCUGAUGUCAUUAUCAAGUUUGUGAAUGUGGCCAAGAGAUUAAAAACUCUGCAGAAUUUCAACACUUUGAUGGCUGUUGUUGGCGGACUAACACACAGUUCCUUGGCCCGCCUAGCAAAGACCAAUGGGUGCCUGUCAUCAGAGAAGCAGAAGACUCUGAUGGAGUUCACAGAGCUGCUCUCCUCCAACAACAACUUCAGUAAUUACAGACGAGCCCUGGCUCAGUGUACAGGAUUCCGCAUCCCUAUCCUUGGUGUUCAUCUGAAGGACUUGAUCUCCUUACACAUAGCCUUACCUGACAGAGUGGAGGGGAACUUGAUCAACUUCAGAAAGAUGGCUCAGUUAUCCAUCAUACUGGAGGAGUUGACCAAACUACAGCAUGAAUCUGUACCUGUAGAGGCCAAUAUGGACCUCAUCAACACCAUCAAAUUAUCCCUAGAUCUUCAUUACACAGAAGAUGAGAUAUAUGAGCUGUCCCUGGCGCGGGAACCUCGUAGUUCUUUGUCCUCACCCUCUACUCCCACAAAACCAGUAGUGUUUGCUGACUGGGUUGCAGGAGUUAGUCCCCCUGAUCCAGACACCAUCAAUAAGCAUGUACACAAUAUGGUUGAGGCUGUGUUCAAGAACUAUGAUCAUGACAAGGAUGGCUUUAUAUCCCAUGGAGAGUUUGAUGCAAUCGCUGGCAACUUCCCCUUCAUUGAUUCAUUUUGUGUUCUGGAUGCCGACGAAGAUGGCAUGAUAAGUAAGAUGGAGAUGAAGACGUAUUUUAUCCGAGCAAACUGCCAUGCACUGAGAAGCAGCUUCAAGCAUGAUUUUCAUGAAGCAACCUACUUCAAACCUACCUUCUGUAUUCACUGCACAGGUUUGCUAUGGGGGCUAAUUAAGCAAGGCUGGAAAUGCAAAGACUGUGCCAUAAAUGCUCACAAGCACUGUAAAGACUUGGUAGUCAUGGAGUGCCGGGGAAAGAUGGGGUCAACAGGGAGGCGAACGGACUCCAUGUUAAAUGGCUCAAUGUCUCCAAAUGACUUAACCCUUUCAACCAAGAGAAAGAUGUCCCAGCGGCAGCGAAUGCGGCGAAUCGACCAAUCCACACAGACAAACAGUCGAGACUUCAGCCACGAUGGUGUCAGCCUGGCCUCGCACAGCAGUGGCAGAAGCUCUGGACAUUUCAGCUCCUGUUCGUACAGUAGCGUCAGUACAGACUCUGGCAUUGGGCCCAUCCCGGACGUGGAGUACUGCGAAGAUCCCACCCAGCUUCAUGAACGUCUGCUCAGAGCAGAAGAAGCUAGAGAAAAGCUGAUGGCCGAAAAUGAGAAGCUGCGCUCCAAACUAGAUGUGGCCACUGAUAACAUAUUUACACUAAAGUCCCACAUUGGAUUGAUUCGUCAGCACACCAUCAAUUUUAUCCUCAACCAGAUGGACACCUUGCACCUUCAGAGGGACACAGAGGUCUAACAGAAACCAGAUGGACACCUUGCGCCUUCAGAGGGACACAGAGGUCUAACAGAAACCAGAUGGACACCUUGCACCUUCAGAGGGAUGCAGAGGUCUAACAGAAACCAGAUGGACACCUUGCACCUUCAGAGGGACACAGAGGUCUAACAGAAAAUACAAGUGCAUAGCCAUCAGGAUUGAGUUUGGAUCUUGGGGGAAGAGGGACAAUGUUAUAUCAAAUAAGGCAAAUUGUUAAGGAAAACAAUAGACAUUGUGAUGUUACACUGUGUGCAGUAACAGAAACAUUGACACAAUGUCCAGUACAACCCUCUUCAUAAUUCUUGCAUGCUCUGAUAUGGCUAGUUCCAUUAAAAAACCACAUGAAUAUGAAGCAUGUAGAAUUAAGAAGAUCACUUCUUUAAAUUGUGCAAUUUUCUUUCACACAUUUUCACAUUUUGGUUGGUGGGGGGUGGGGGGCUAUUUUGGCUGGCCCAGUGUCCUGUUGUUUCCUGUGGUCAGGUCUACAUAUUGUCCUCUUCCUUGUAUUGUCAUGUAGGCUGUAUGGUCUCUAGACUAGUCAACCUGUAGCCAGGUUAACACCACCUAAGGGCAUCAACAACCAUAGAUUUAGAGGCUAUAGAAAUACUCUGAACAGCACAUUGUACAUAAGUGUUCGUUGUUAUCUCUGGGUGAAUCUAACAGCAACAUAGGCCAUUCCAGAGCAGCUGUAUGUGUGUGUAUGCCUGUAGUGCUGUUAGCAGCCUUUACUUCAGCAGAGCCACUGUCCUGGGGAGUAAUUACAGAAUUUAACAUGGGCUAGCUCACACUCCUUACAUGUACUUCAAAUCCAGUUUACAUAAUUACCAUAAUGGUGGUGUGUGUUAGUUGAUCCUUCAGUCUCUGAGCCAGUUUUAUAUGAAUCUAUAUGAUACUGUCUGUGUUUGAUGGAACACUUGAUGGACUUGCCAGUUUCCUUGGAUCACUGUAGCCCUGGACCGGACAGCCUGCCUUGUCAAAUACAACCUUUAUAGCUAGUGCCAUGUGAAGGUGUAGGUAUACGACAUUCUCAUAUCAACUUCUCGAAUAAAAAUAGUUCAGGUCUGUUUCAUAAGCCGCAUUCAGAUGAUGUGAUUUGUUGAUUAGUACAACCACAAGAAAUAGUGCAUGUUUUUAUUUUUCAUUUGACUAGUCGAUUAUGAUAACUUAAUAAGUGCAUUGUGUGAACACAGCUUUCUUUAGCAGGCAUAUGUCCGCAGAACAAAUGCUCCAAACUUCAUCCCAGGAUAUACAGUGUAACCCUCUCGAUACCUACCUGAUCAGCUGGUGUCACGUGGUCUCUUCUUUCCGUUCUUUGUCACUUUCAGUUCGGGAUUUCACAUGUUGAGGCUGAACUGCAUUAGAAUCUCAAAUACACAAUAGAUUUCCCUUAUUGAGAUACAGGUUCUCCUUAAAUUAAGAAUGUAAAACUUUUCACACCCUUUUCAACUUGAUAUUGAGCCAGCUUGACACAUUAUCAUGCACCAUAUUCAGUGUUUCCAUUAGAGGAUGUUUCAAGCUGGGAACUUUUUCAAUAGUUUAGGUUUAUGGCUUCACAAAUUCUAUUAUUCCAUUUCCUGUGUGAAAUGUUUCUGUACAUAAAGAUAAUAUUUCAUAUUACUGCUGAUGGUGCUAGAUGUUAUGGUUUUAUUCAUUUUGUUACCAGAAUGUUAUCUAGUCUCUGACUGAAUUAGGGGUCACUUUACCAGGGGAUUGUUCAAACACUGUGGUAAUUCUGUACAUUUAAUAUUUGUUGCACAAUUACAUAAUGUGUAGAG